AUGUCUGCAUUUGAAUUAUUAAGGAAACCAUGUGUUGACCUGUCGAAAAUAGCAUUUUUACCAAAAAAUGUAUUUGAUCCAAAUAGCAACGACCUUAUCAUAGCACUUCGAGCAGUUGACGACGUCUUACAGAAAUUAAUACCAGGAGAUAAUGGCCACGAUAAGGAAUUGGAGAUGCCUCCACAGCUGGCAGAUUAUAUAUUUACUCCUAUUGGAAGUCUACUGAAACAAGAGUCUCUUUCAAAUACCGCCUCUCAAUACGUUCUUUCGAUAAUAUCAUAUCUGUUAAGAUCAGCCUGGAGUAAACCAGAUUCCUUCCCUGAGGAAUUAGCUAAACAAUUAUUCCCUAUUAUUACGUACUUGAUUGAUGAAUCUCAGGAUGAAUCAAUUUUACAAAGAAGAUCAACUGAAUUCAAACGUGUGGCCGCCACUGUAUUGCUAUCUCUCACUAAGUCCAUUGAAACACAAAAUUAUAGAAAUAAUUUUUUUACUACACAGAAUAAAACAAUGCAACCAAUGGCCCAUUCCAUAACCAUUCUUUUAAAUAUAUUACAACACUCGUCAUCAUCUGCAAAUACUCAACUUGCAUGUAUCAAUACUUUAUCAAUAUUAUACAACAAUAUCAUACAAGAUGGUGAAAUACUUUCAUAUAUUCUCCCAGGUAAUGUAUCUGCCAUAUCCAAAUUGCUUGUCAUUCCAGGUCGUAACGUCAACUAUAAAGUUGUCUGCCAUGCAUUAAAUCUUCUUGAGUCAUUGCUCACAAGAGUUUACGACGAUAUCGAACUGGGUGUUCAAAUCAAUGUAAUUGAAGAUGUGACUGCUUUAACAAGUGAUGAAGGUAAAAUAAAAGAAUUUAAAAAUAAUGAUGUCAUAAUGGGUAGUAAUUUCAAUUUGGAAACAAAUCAUAGAAACACAAGUUGGCUCAAGGGUACUUCUUCUCAAGUUAGGAUUGCUUUCCAAAGUUUUAUACCGAGACUGUUAAAACGUAACAAUAACUUGAUCAACGAAUCAUUAGUACACUUUGCAUCAAAUAUCUUAGCGAGUUGUUCUUUAUCCUUGGUAGUCUGCAAAGAGAUACUGAUAUCGAUAUUGCUUGAAUUACAAGCCGAUCCAAAUUCCCAACUAUCACAAAAUAUACCACUUAUCAAGAACCAAGUAAAUAAAGAAUUACAGCAUCUUCAUACACAUAUACAAUUCGAUACUAGCAGGAGUAUUAAAAUUUUAGAUUUCUCAUUAAGAACACUUUCGACUCACAAUAUAGACAACAAUACUUUGAUGUCUGUGAUUAGUACAAUUAUAAGCAGUCUUGACUCUCAAAAUCAGUCCAGUAAACUUUAUGCUAAUAGAAAAGAAAAUGUUAUCAUAGAACAAUCAAGUAGCAUUAUUGUUUCGGACAGUUUUGACCUUUCCAAGCCAUCACAGUUGGGGGUUAGAGUUUUUCAUAAGUUAACAAAUGAGACUGAAAAUAGUGUAAGAUUGUUGUUGAACCACAUUGGAAAAGAAUUAUCAAAUAAUUAUCUAUUGCAAACUGUUGAAACUUUGAUAUCAAAUAUUGAUCGGAAUGAGCAAUCAUUAAUGAAUCGCACGAUCACAUUAUGGGUCAUAGAUUCUUUGCUCAUGGGGGCUCGCGAGGAUGAAGAAACCAGGCAGGAUGGGGUCGACCAAUAUUUAUCGUUCGAUGAUGAUGACCAGUCUACGGUUUCUGCUGACGUAACAGAAGCAUGCUAUGCUGCCUUGGAGUUUUCGAAUAGUUUAGCAGGUGAGAUUACAGUUGCUACUGAAGGUCGGACAAUAAAUAAAGAACAAGAAGUUAGUCUCUGUACGGCUUUGUCUACCAUCAAGACAGUGUCUUCUCUUUUAAAAUACAAUUUUGAAUAUGAAUUAAUAGAUUAUCUUUAUAUUGUGAUCGAAAGUUUGGCAUCCAGCUCCCCCCAAAUUAGACAUUUUGCUCAGGAAUGUUCCACUGCAAUUGCAAAUGAAUUAUAUGAAGGAGAUAUAAAAGCUUUAAUAUCAGAAAAUAUGGAUUAUUUGAUUGAUACCAUAUCGAUUAAAUUAAACUCUGGCUUGACUGACCGUGUAUGUACAAUGCUAAUGGUAAUUUACAAGAUGGUUGGAUAUAAAGCAAUUGAGGCAUUUAGAGAUAUAUUGGAGACAAUAUUCAAAUUGAUAGAUUUUUACCAUGGUUAUUCUGAAUUGUGUUUACAAUUCUUUCAAUUAUUUAAAGUUGUGGUUAUUGAAAUGAAACAUGCUUAUCUAGAUACGGAGACUUUGCUAUUGAGUGAUGAACAUAUUAUGCCUGCUACAUUUGCUCCAUGGGGUAUAUCAAAUUUUCAGCAAAUGUUGAAUAUAUUGGACCGUGAGUCCGAUGAACAUGAUUUGCUUAAUGGUAAUACAGAUAUAAAAUUAGAUGAGAAUGAACCUAAAAGUUUUCAAGAAUAUUUUGAUCAAAAACUUAAUGAGAUGAAAGCCGAUAGUGAUGACGAAGCUGAUAGUGAUGAUGAAGACGACAAGGAGAAUAAUGAAAUUACUGGUAAUUCAAUGGGAAAUGAUGAAGAAGAAGAAUGGGUGUCCCCAAUUCCUAAAGAAUCUUAUAAAAUUCUGCUGCAAAUAUUUGCUUAUGGGGAUCGGUUAUUAAAACAUAAUUCGAAGCCACUUAAAAUACAAAUUUUGGAAGUAAGUUCAUUAGUCGUCCCUCUUUUAUUUACUCAGUACAACUCCAUGUUGCCACAAGUUGCACAAACAUGGGAUUCUGUGGUUGAAUGUGUAUUUGAUAAAGAUUAUGCUGUUGUUAACUCUGCAUGUAAUUGCGUCAAAGAAAUGAUUCAUUAUUCCGGAGACUUUUUAACUAAGAGGUUCAUAGACUUAUGGGAUUUACUUCAAACGCGAAGUACCCUGUUGCACGAAAUAAACUCUCGUAGUAAGUAUGCGACAAGACACUCUCCAAUAUCCAAAAAUCAAGAUGUUGUCGUUAGGCUAAAAUUGCCUCCUGUUGUUCAAGGAACGUUAACUUCCUUAUCUUUAAUGCUUUUAGAAGGUAUUGCUAUAUCCGAAAUGCAGAUGUCAGAGGACAGCUUGCAAGAAAUGAUCUGCUGUUGUAUCCAAGUAAUUCCGAGUAAACAAAUUACAGGAAAAUCAUUAUUACUAGGUGAUAUAUUAAGUAGUAUCAAAUAUAUAACCAGCUAA